CUUGGCUUCGUCCUUUUUAGAGUGUCGAGCCGUCGACCGAAUGCGUAUCGACAAUUGAAGUCGUGUAUGCUACAAACUCAUCAUCCUCAUACAAAACAAACGCAUUAAAGUCAAAUUUAAAAGAGAGUAAAGAUGGAAGAAUAUGUAAGGGAGCCAUGCCCAUGGCGUAUCGUAGAUGACUGCGGAGGAGCUUUCACGAUGGGUGCUAUCGGCGGUGCAGUCUUCCAGUCGAUAAAAGGAUUCAGAAAUGCGCCAAGCGGCUUGAACAGAAGGCUUGUCGGUAGCAUGGCAGCUGUUAAACAAAGGUCACCAAUGAUUGCCGGAAGUUUUGCUGUCUGGGGCGGUCUCUUUUCGACCAUAGAUUGCACAUUAGUACAUUUUAGGCAGAAAGAAGACCCUUGGAAUUCAAUAAUAAGCGCGGCAGCUACAGGAGGUAUUUUAGCGGCCAGGAACGGCGUACCUGCCAUGGCCGGCAGUGCUUUAAUUGGCGGCGUUCUUUUAGCUCUUAUCGAAGGUGUUGGCAUCCUAUUCACUCGAAUGCAGGCCGAUCAUUUUAGGCAGGAACAGCACUUCGUAGACCCUUCGCAGUUAGGACGCCCCAACGGCCAAUCGAUGUACAAUUGACAUCGUACAAGUGUUCGUCUAUGUGUCCUCUUGUAGAUAUUUUUUCCUUUUUUAUUUAAACUUGCAAAGGACAUAAAAAGAGGUGAUCUCUCAGAUUCAACACAUAGUUCGUGAAAACUGUGUUUUUUGAUUAUUUCAAAAUUCUGUAUAUAUAUAUUAUAGAAACAGAGCAGUACUAUCGCACCGCAAAUGUUGUUGAUUCAGCUUAGUACGCCUGAACAGUUGGACACCCUCAAGGCUAUCCGAGAGUUUUCACCACCCCAUAUAGCUCUGGUACCGCGAUGGUGUCCAAACGAGGAUGGAAACUAUAAGACCAAAAUUUCUUAUGUGGUGGGUUUCACCUCAGCCUGUUUAUGUUAACAAAACGAGUCAACUGUGGUUUCAAACAUUGUUACAAGUAUCUUAAGACAUUGUUUGUUUUGUUAUUAAAAUAUAUUUGACCGCCUGUA